AUGACGUCCCAUCGUCUCUGGAUCACGAGACACCUCCGAGAAGGCCAGGAGAUGCGGAAAUCACAUUCUUGGUGUCAAAAUCGAAGACAGUCAGAGGAUCAGAGGCGACAGUGUUCAGGUAAUCGCAUUCUUGGUGUCAAAAUCGAAGACAGUCAGAGGAUCAGAGGCGACAGUGUUCAGGUAAUUGCGUUCUUGGUCUCGAAAUGGAAGACAGUCAGAGGAUCAGAGGCUGAAGUCUUCAGACAUUUGCUAGUUUUGGAGCUGGAUAAUGGAACCAAGCAACAUCGAAGCUACAUGUCAGUUUUAUUUGAAUAUCGAUGCAGCGUCUCAAUGAAAAAUGCAGAAGAAUCGGUAUACAGAAUUUCCCAGGUAAUUGAUGACACUGUUUGUUGACAGCUAAGG